AUGGCCACAGCGGCACUUCUGAACUCAGCACCAUCUCACCGCUGUCUCUUUCCAAGCCCAGCAGCCACUUUCUCGUGGACAAACGCUGCCGACAUGCACGUCACCAGGCCAAAAUCUGCCAAGGGACGCACGAGGCCGAGCUUCAAUCAGAGCGUGGAAUCCUGUCCUUGCCAAGUGCCACCUUCCCCGCCACCAGCAGCUCCUCACAAAUUAGCGACCAGCCGGAGAGCAUCGUCCACGAAACCAGCAUUCCCAGCCGGCCAGGUGUCUCCUGCGGAAAUCCCCGAGCUCCUGCAGCAGGUGCCUUCGAGGAGCUGCUCUUCCCUGAACAAGUACAGGGUGCUCCCCUCCAUUGGCCGGAAAGGAGGAGGCAGCGGCACUGGGGAAACGGCGGCUGAACAGAUUGAGCGGCUGAAAGUGAGUGAGGGGCAAGGGGAGGCUCAGAAAAUCAAAACUCUUUCUGGAGAAAAAGGAUCCACCAGCAUAUUGUCAGAAAGCGACAUCCCCGGAGACAAGAGCUCACAUGUGCAACAUCCUCUGGAGGAGCCAGGAAGGAAAAUGAGGCAAGAGAUUGCUCUGACAUCGACUUUAAGUUUGGAAGAGCCACCUAAAGAAGCGUCAUGCUUGCUGCUCGCUAUUCGAUCUCCCUCUGGUCAAAGAUUUGAACAUCAUUUCAAGCCCACUGACAGUCUCCAGACGGUCCUUGCUGUGGCAGAACAGAAAAUGUCGGCCCAAUACAGAUGCUGCAGCGUUGAAACGAUGGAGGUGCCCCGAAGGAGCUUCUCUGACCUCACGAGGUCCCUCCAGGAAUGUGGGAUCCUCCACAAAUCCGUGCUGUGCAUCGAGCAGCACGACACGGAUCUUUAG